GAAUCCCAACCGAUCAAGCUCACAGCCUUGAGUUCGAACUCUACAGUAUCGUUAAGGGAGGAGUGAGUUUCUUCGGUGUGACUGUCCCUAAAAAAAACUAAACCAGUUCAUAUUAGGCAAAGGCCACCAAAUAACUAUCUUAUCAAAAACUGUGGACACGGAUGUUACUCACAUUUAUGGCAAUGUCGACAGAACACGGAAUAUCGCAAUAAGAAAUAUAUAUAUAUCAAACCCACAGGAUAUGCUCCUGAUUUAUUGUGUGCAUGCUAUUUGACAACAUCUUCAGAGCCUCAUAACUGAAUAUUAUUUUGAAACAUGACUAUUUUUGCCGCCUGGAAGAUGCGAGAGAACAUCUGUUUCAGUAAUUUACAGCGGGGUAGUAUUUGAGCUUGCAUAGAUCCGACUUAUAUUGGUGGUACUUGGAAAUGGAGCAGUCAGUCUGCUGCUGUGUGAUAUAAUAUUAUAAUCAGUUAUUAAAUGGAAGCCGAAUCUUUGGAAUAUCAUUUCACGCCUUCAUGACCGAAAGUUGGAGACAUUUUCAUCAUCUUCGCCGAUAAAUUACUCGUGUUGUUUAUAAUUCAUAUACGUUGCCUACAAAUCAUCCUCUUCAAUCUCGUCAGAGUUAGACACCGGCGCGUAAGGGAGAGACUGCAUUCCUUCAGAGUGUAUUUUUUUUCGUAUGGAAAUAUUUCUCAUGAACAAGAUGAAAACGUGUACGAUCUCCAGAUUGAUGUUGGCAGUUAUUCUCCAAAGGGUGAUAAGCAUUCUCGGUCACGAGAACAUUUGCCCGCCUCCGAAAGUCUACCCAAAUUCCGAAGUUGAAUGGAGCGACAGAACGUUGGGGGCGCAUGCCACGUACUAUUGUCGAGACGGGUAUGAGAUGAACGGGCCCGCCGAUACGAUAGUAAGAUACUGCGAUGAAAAUGGAAGAUGGAAAAGUAGCAUAACGCCUCAAUGCAACGUUGUCCAGUGUCAACCGCCCGCCGUCCCCGCCUAUGGGAAUGUCACUUACCUCACUGGGCGUGGCGAGUAUGGUUCAGUGGUUUACUACCAGUGCGGCAGGUACUUCAAGAGGUUCGGUACCCCCUCGGCGCAGUGCUUGAGCGACGGGACUUGGUCAGAGAGAGCACCCACGUGUCAAAUUCGUUGCAGAUCACCAUCACUCCCAAACGGUACUGUUACCCAUCUCAACGACCAUGUCUGCCUCGAGUUCAGCGAAGACCGACUCGAAUGGCCUUCAGCUCAGGCGAGAUGCCAGCAAAACUUGGGUAGCCUCGUGACCAUCCGCGACAUCGAAGCACAGGAGACGAUCAGGGCGACGUUGAUGGACAUCGUCGAUGAUGGGAACACGGAUCGUUUUUGGAUAGGGGCGGAAGAACGCCGGAGCAGCGUGGCGCAGGCGACGAGGAACUGGCAAUGGGUGGAUGGUUCGUUGGUCGAAGAUGUCUUUUGGGGGAAUGACGAGCCAACAUCGGCAACAGGCUCUUCCUCCAGAGGUGAGUGCGUCGACCUCGAUCCGACCACGGAGUACAGCUGGAACGAUAACGACUGCAGCUGGGAACAGAGAUACAUUUGUCAAUUCGGUGUCAGUGGAGUUUGUGAUGACCCAGGGGAACCUUUGCACGGUAGCCGGGCGCUCUUGGCCUGUGACCAAACCGGUGCGCAUGCAGGUGACGUCAUCUUCGUCGCGGGUUGUUUGAUCACAUUCGAGUGUGACCGCGGGUUCCGGUUAGUCGGAGAAAGUUCGUCGACUUGUCUCGGUUCGGGAAGAUGGAACAACGAGCUGCCAAUCUGUGAACGAAGGCAAUGUCCGGCUUCUCCCCCAUCAGAGCAUUUUGAGGCCAAGUUUUCGAAUUCUUACCGCGGUGUGGCGGUGUACCGCUGCCCGACCGCUUCGUACGCAGUAGAAGGAGACGUAUUCGCUUAUUGCCUUCAUAACAACGUUUGGAGCGUACCAAGUCUUGUUUGUGAACCUUUCAGUACUAUGCCCGUGACAACAGAACCGCUUCUUACACCAGAUUGGACGUUCAUCGGCAUCGUCGGUGCCCUCGGCAUCCUCUUGUUCAUCGCCAUCCUGGUCAUCAUCAUCCUUGCCGCGGUCAGGAACAACAACCUCAACAAACGGCGGAAGUACAUCCGACCGCUGCCACACGCGACCACAACUAGCCGAAACCGCCGCAGCAUUGAGAAUACUUACUACUCCAUCCGGAAGCCAAUGCCGUCACCGCCCGAGGAGCGAAGCGGUUACAACGUGGAGCUGAAACAGGUGAAGCGGUUGAGCGACGCCGGCGAACAUGCAACCGCGGUUGCGCAGCAUAGUCUGACGUACGACAAGAGUGAGGCAGCGCUAACUGACGAUGAUUAUUUAGAGCCUAUCAGAGUGCCGCACCAGGAGAGUGGAAGAAAUUCGCCGCGGUUGUCGAGCGGUGAGUACGUGAAUCCGAUGAGUCCACGAAGUGGGACUUACGAUGAAGUCGAUGAUGACGUCCUUGCUGAUGAUAAAACGGUUGAAGAUGAUGACAGGCUUCUCAACAAUUACAUCAUCUUACUCCCGGAUGAUGACGACAAUAGCGAAGCAGGGAAGAAAGUCGACGGUGUUGCCGUGUCGAAAGAGAACGACACAGUCAAUGAAAAGGACGUUGAUUCUAGGGUUGGCAAGGACAAUGAAGAAAUGAACGAAAAGGACAAUGCCACGGCUAACGAAAUGGGCGAGACAACAAAUAAAACAGUAACAUCCGAUACUAGUACUUUACCGACAAACGGAUUACAAAUUCCAACACUGGGUUACUCUAAAGAAGGAUUUGGAUCGACUGUUGAGUUGUGAAAUGAAUAACUGUUUAUGUUAAAAUCAUUUCUUAUAGGGUAUGAUAUGCUGUCAAAUUCAUUUUAUUAUAAUUUUAUUAAGUAUAGAAAUGUGAUAUCCAAUUUUAUGUGUAGAUAUUUUAAUAUGUUAGAAAUGUUUGAUAAAUUGUUUUGGGCAGUCCCCAAUCGGCUCAGCUGAUAAAGAAACUAGCUAACGUGAGGGGAGGGGGAGGUGUGGUCAAGCAAAUAAGAAAAGGCUAUCUUCAGUACACAUUGCCAAGGUUAUAUAUUUCUAACUAAUGUAGAUAAUAUCUGAAUGAACGUAUUGCUCACACUUUUAUUAUUUUCAAAUGUAUCAAAUUGAGAUUUUUCAAAAACGUAUUAAUACAUUCUUGAGUAUAUCUUAUUUAAUAUGCAAAUAUAUUUAGAUUUUUGAUGACUAUAGUAUACAUGCAAUACUGUCAGAAUAGAUGAAUGUGUGUUGAUGAUGUUUUUUCCAGAGUUAUCUAUUGAUAACUCUGGUUUUUCUAUAUAGCGCCCUCUGUAGAGUAUUCUUGAAGACGACCUACGUCAUGGUGUAGAGUUUAUACACACAACCACAAUUAAAUCCUACUCCUACUACAACAGUUUCAUCACAACCACUUCUAUUAUUUUUUCUCCUUCAGCAUCAUGUUUUUUUAAAUCAUAAUUACCAUCGUUAUCAUCGGGUAUCACCGUAAUCAUCAUUAAUGUUCAUAAAACAUGAUCAUUAUCAUUACAAUCAUCAUCAU